AGAGUCAGGAGAGGGGGUGUCUGCACUGUGAUUUCCCAACGAAACGUCAACGUUAGAGCGCCACGGCAGCAAGGGAACUACAGCAGUGCUCUUCAUGCGGGAAAUUAUGCCUGGUUUCUUGGGCAGAGAGGGACGCUCAAAUCACCAGGGAAACAUGAAUAUUACAUAUUUAACCUUUUGAUUUAGUCCAGUAGACAUACAUUACUGUGUUAACCACAAUGUUCUAGCAAAAAAAAUCUCAUUGCUGUGCUCGACACCGUCUGUCCCGUCGUCAGUAUGGAGAAGACGAUCUGCAGUCCGCAUCCUGGGACAAAUAAAACGAACUCUGGUUCCCUGCUUUCGGACAAGGGAAAUUCGGGGAGAAAGAUCGGACGAGCUGGUUCUCACAGCCCCGGCUCAGCUUCGCUUGGGAACGGGGCCGGUGGAGGAGUGAGUCGGGGAGGUUUAUUGGGAAAUAGUAUGCAUUUUCAGCAAGCGUGUAAGCGUCAGUUAGAAGGAGUGUUGAGCAAAUACACAAACUUAAUUCAAGGAUGGCAGAACAGGUAUUUUGUGCUGGACCCAGAGCUGGGACAGCUGCAGUACUUUGUACAUGAACAUGGCAAGACCCAGAAGCCCAGGGGCUCCCUGCCUCUGAUUGGUGCGUCGGUUGUCCAGAGUGAUGAGGCACCACACAUGUUUAUCGUCAACUCAUUCAAUGGCGAGCUUUACAAGCUCAGAGCAUCCGACGCCAAAGAGCAGCAGUUCUGGAUGAACCAACUCCAAGCGUGCGCCAGACGCCAUUCCGACAGCAGUGCCAAGGUCUGGAAGUUUAAGGGAUCGGAUGAGCACCUGAGUGUGGAGAGAACGACGGGAGGCAGCCAGGAGGGGCUGGGCUCGUCGUCUUCCGGUCGGUCCCGUAGCGUCUCCCUCCUCCCCCACCUCCCACCUGCCUCCUCAUCGCCUGGUAUCCAGAGGCACUUGGCGUGUCCGGGCACACCGAGCAACAUCGUGACCAUCACCCACCACAAGUCCCCAGCCGCUGCUCGACGGGCCAAGAACCAGUAUCCCGGCCGACUACUGGAGGUCAAAGAGGCGGUGAGCCAAGCAGAGGGCCAACAGAAGAACCUGGUCCAGUCCAUCGAGUCCCUCCCCACGCGAGGACCUCUUUCCUGCCUGGACCAGGACCUACUGCUCCUCAAAGCCACGUCGGCCGCCACCCUGAGCUGCCUGGGAGAGUGCCUGAACAUCCUGCAACAGACCCAAACCCACAGCCAGCCCCAGGCCUCCCAGCCCAACCACACCCGCGGUCCCCCCUCCGAUGGUGUUCCUGUGUGGAGUGUACCAAAGUUGCCCUCGGGGGAGCACCUGAAGAACGGCGGCCCAACCCCUCUACGUUCUGCCGAGCCCUCCCCAGCCCUCAGGAAAAAAAGCCCUGCCCAUGGUGCUGAGCAGCACCUAGCGGGGUUGGAGGCCGUCAGCCCCAGUGAGGAGGUGACUGACAUGGAGGACAAUGACGAGGAGGACCUGGGAGUGUUGGACGACCAGCGGAGCAUCAUCCUGCACCUCCUCUCCCAGCUCAAACUGGGCAUGGACCUCACCCGGGUGGUGCUGCCCACGUUCAUCCUGGAGAAGCGCUCCCUGCUGGAGAUGUACGCUAACUUCAUGGCCCACCCGGACAUGUUCCUGUCCAUCACGGCUGGAGCCACAGCGGAGGACCGUAUCGUACGCUUCGUCGAGUACUACCUUACUGCCUUCCAUGAGGGACGCAAAGGAGCUGUGGCCAAGAAGCCCUACAACCCGGCACUGGGCGAGACAUUCCACUGUUCCUGGGAGGUGCCUCGGGACAGAGUGAGGCCCCUCAAGUCUCAGGGCCCCAGGGAAGCAGCCUCCAGGGGCCCCAACAACACCAAACAACAGGACGAUCCAUCGGGGACUGAGUGUUACCGGGUUCGCUUCGUGGCUGAGCAGGUGUCCCACCACCCGCCCGUCUCAGGAUUCUACUGCGAGUGCCCAGAGAGGAGUAUGUGUGUCAACACCCAUGUGUGGACAAGAAGCAAGUUCAUGGGCAUGUCCAUUGGUGUGUCCAUGAUAGGGGAAGGGACCUUAUGCCUUCUGGAGCAUGACGAGGAGUAUGUCUUCACGCUGCCCUGUGCCUACGCCCGCUCCAUCCUCACCGUGCCAUGGGUGGAGCUGGGUGGCAAAGUCACCAUCAACUGUGCCAAGAGCGGCUACUCAGCCACAGUCACAUUCCACACCAAGCCUUUCUAUGGAGGAAAGGUACACAGGGUGACUGCAGAGAUCAAACACAAUCCGACCAACACUAUUGUGUGCAAGGCCCAGGGGGAGUGGAACGGAACCCUGGAGUUUACCUAUAGUAGUGGGGAGACCAAAGUGAUUGACACAACCAAACUGCCAAUCAUCAAGAAGAAGCUCCGGCCUGUGGAAAAGCAGGGACGGAAUGAGUCCAGGCGGUUAUGGCAGCAUGUCACCAAGUCACUGAAGGAGGGGAACAUGGACGAGGCCACGGAACACAAGCAUCGCCUAGAGGAGCGCCAGAGAAGGGAGGAGAGGCAGAGAGCUGCGGAUAACUUGCCCUGGACACCCACAUAUUUCAGCAAAAAGGGAGAAGGCUGGAUCUACCACAAUACUCUGUGGAAAUCUCACUGGCACAAGAAACAGACUGCUCUAACAGAGUGCCUCUAUCCCCCUAAAUGAGGGGCUAGGCCAGGGGAAGGAUAAUGACGGAACAGCAGUAUUGAGGGAGUGAUGCCACUCUCUAUUGGGACCUGAGAUACUGACUCUUAAUGACAUGGACAAAGGACACACUCAUGUGGAUCAAGGUGCCAAAGUGGUUUCCACUUGAACUACGAGGGUGGGGGCGGGACAAAUAUAGAUUUUUUUUUUAUAGUGUUCAAGGUAGAGCAUUUCGAUUUUUCACUUUGCCCAAGGCAAUAUUUUUUGCAAAUGCACAGUAUGAUAUGAUUUGCCACCGGUAUUUUGUACCAGUUGUGUUGACACGUACAUGGUCCAUUUUGGUCCAAUCGCCUUUAUUUGUCAUGCAGCAUCAGAAUGCAAUGGUAGAAGAAUGCAGAUGGAAUCAGGAGGAGUCCAUUGCAGUGUUGGUGGAAUACAACCGUGAUCAUGGCAGAGAUGUGUUUGUGUUACAUGAGUUCCCCAUCCUUUUUUUAACAAAUGCUGAUGACUAGAAGUAGGCGAUUUCCUACCACUUUUCCAUUCCACCCAUCCUUAUCCCAUCCCGACCUUUGGAAGGAGUUUCGACCAUUCCUGAACGGAGCUGUCUGCCUCAGCUCUUCCAUGCAAACAGAUUUCCCAUCACUCUCUUCCCCACUUAUUGCGGUCGUAAUACCACACCGUCACCGUUUUUUCUUUAGGUUCCAACGGCGUGUCGGACUGUCCAUCUCCCGGUGGGGUCUUUCCUCCUUCCAGGGACGUGUCCUUAGGUUGGCAUUGAUGUCACAUAAUUAAGCUGGGGCUGUACCCAGCUCACAAACUCCUCAUGCUAAUAUCUCAGUGGUCUGCCUCUGCAUUGAAUAUGGAUGAGGUGCACAGGAAGACACAACCACAUUCUCACAGAGGGGCACCGUCUCUCCAGAUGUCCUUCUGAAUUAUAUUGUUGACAGGAUAUGAGGUACAGUGGUGGUGGUGGUAGAGGGGAUGUUUUGGGUCAUGCAUAGCUAUUAUACGUUUACAUUUUCACAAAAUGUACUAACUGACGUACAGUAUAUACUGUGUAUAUAUUUAGUUAAAUACUAUUAUACAGUGCAUUCGGAAAGUAUUCAGACCCCUUGACUUUCUCCACAAUUUGCAAAAAUAGCUGUUUUUGCUUUGUCGU